GCCGAGCGUAAUAGAGGGAAGUAAGCCCUGGUUGUUGCCAGAGAAAAGCUCUGGGCGAGGGAGGACGUAGUGGUACGGGAGCCACGUUACUGGCCACCGCGAGCCGCGCUGGCGCGGAGGGUAGCGGUACAGCCAGACGUGUAAGCGCCACCAGCGAGAGAGAGAGAAGGACGUGGCACUUAGUUCUAGCGUCGUCCGCCUCGCAGGGGCCGCUUCAAGCAUGGCUGACCACGUCUGUCUCAUGAUGGCCUUUAGCAUUCUGCUCAGGUUCGGACAAGGUGUUUUGUCCAAUCAUGCGGCGGUCUCCAAGGUGCUGGAUGAGAUUCUGGUCAACUACAACAAAGAAAUGAGGCCGGGGAUAGCUGGCGAAGCAGUUUACGUGGACACCAACAUGCUAAUAAAGAGCAUGGGGCCUAUUUCAGAGAACGACAUGUCCUACUCCAUGCAAGUUUACUUCCGGCAGAGGUGGCAGGAUGACCGCCUGCAGUUUUACCUUCCAAACGUCACACAGUUCACUCUUAGCAACCGCUUCAUGAACCACAUAUGGAAGCCAACCACCUACUUUCUCAACGGCCGCCGAUCCAAGCUGCACAACAUCACGGUACCUAACCAGUUUCUCCGCCUUCAUUCCAAUGGCAACAUCUACAUGUCGAAAAGGUUGACCGUCCACGCUCGCUGUCCAAUGCGCUUGUCCCGCUAUCCCAUGGACUCGGCGCUGUGUCCUCUGUACGUCGGUAGCUUCGGCUACACUACCAAAGACAUCGUGUAUCGCUGGCUGAAAGACGCGCCGGCUGUCGAUGUUGACUCAGGGGUCAUGUUGUCCCAGUUUGAGAUCGGAGAGAUAGAGGUCAAAAACAUCACCAGAAUGAACAGACUGGGUGAGAUCUCCAUCCUAAGCGUAUACAUCCACCUGAACCGCGCUGUGGGUUACUUCCUGCUGCAGACCUAUGUCCCCAGCUACCUCAUCGUCUGCCUCUCGUGGGUGUCCUUCUGGAUUAACAGGGACGCCGCGCCAGCGAGAGUUCUCCUUGGAGCGACCACGAUUCUUAGCUUGGCAGCCAUGGGGAUCACCAUACGAGAAGGCCUACCCCGGGUACCAUACGCCACGGCACUGGAUGUGUUCCACAACCUGUGUAUGGUGUAUUUAAUGGCGGCUCUGAUAGAGUAUGCUGCUGUCAACUACUUCACUAAACUCAUGCCCAAAGAAGGUGGCCUGGAAGACGAUGAGGACGAGGAGGAAGAGAAGGCAGAAGAAGUGAGUGGACCACCGCCUUUAAAGGUUGUCCUCGCAGACCAAGAGAAGGAACGUGAGCGAGAGACCCUGCUGGAGGACAAGAGCGAGGUGAUUGAUGCGGAGGAUCCGUCAAUUUCCUACACGCAAGACUGUCCCAGACUCUUUUGGAGAUGCUUUAUUGGGAACUUCGAGUACCGCCUGAAGCGCGUCAUGGCCGCAGACCCAGAGGCCGGCAACAGCGUGAGCAACAUCGACAUGGUGUCCAGAUACGCAUUUCCACUGACCUUCAUCAUCAUCAACAUGCUCUACUGGUUUCUUUAUCUGUACAAUGACUCCGACGACUUCUUUGAUACAGAAUAUAUUGUUGCUUGAGUGCAGUCCUGACAGGACCAACUGCCUUCUUACAUUCAACACCACAGCAAAGUAGGCUAUUCCUUCUUAGUCACUGCCAUCCAUUCCUGCUGAUUACUAUUUGUGUUGUCGACUAUUAUGUCCACAUAUGUGUUAUUACUUGAUCUGAACACACUUUUACCCACUUGCCUUCCCUCUCCGCCAAAGAAACAGCUUUAACAGUUGCACCUUCACUAUUUACUUUUGAGGGGUUUUUUUAAAUGAAAGAAGUCACUUUUACUUCAGUGUUACAAUAAACCUGUGUAUAUAAAAUAAAAUAUGCUUGUAAGAACAGU